AUGCAUAACCAACAAGGCUAAAUAUUUAAUUAUUAAUCGAAUGAAGAUUGGAAAGAGCUAUAGAAGCUUAAUAGAAGAAAGGAAGAGUCUUUUUAAUCAGAUUUGCCAGAUAUUUUUUCAACCUCAUAAUUAAAAUCACCAUAGUAUGUAGAUAAAAUGAAUUACUUGCAAGUGAAAAAUAUUGAAAUCUGCUCACCAAGGAUUGAAUUUUUCAAUAAUAAAAAUUUAUAAGAGGAUUCAAUUGCAGAAAAAUUUAAUAACAAGGAAAAUCUUGAAGAAUUAUCAGCCACUCGCAAUCCUGAUCAAUCUAAGAAUUUGCUCUUUUUGAUACCCUAAAGAGCUAGUUAAUAAAAUCUCUCUCAGCUGGUAAGCUAUAAAAAUAAUGAAAGCGCUACAUUAGCUUUAAGUAAAGGAUAAAACAACGGUCUAAAAAAUAUAUAAAAUAUAGCAAACAAUAAUAUUAAUAUGAUAAUGAAUCUCAAAAAGAAGGUGAGUCUAUUCAUUUAGCAAUAUACACUAUUUGGAAAGUCUUCUUUGCUAGAUAAAAAUCCAAUCAUUCGUAGAAUGAUAAAUGAUAAAUCAGAUGGAAACUUAGAAAGCAGCUAAACAUUCAUGAAAAAAUUAUUUAAUUUUCUUUAUUUUUUUUCAGCAACUAAGGAAAACAAAUAUAUUGAAAAUUGUAUCUUAGGCAUUACAUUUUAUCUAUGGAUGGUAGAAAUAAUUUUAAAGCUUAACACAGCUACUUUUUAUAAAACGCAUUUAUUCAACACAAGAUUGUAAUAAGAAAUGGAAAAGAACUUAAUGAUGAUUAUGGAUAAUUUUUUUUACAUUUAACUGAUUAAUUUGAUAGUAAAUUUAUUUCUUAUUGGACAUGUAAUUGCUUGUAUUUGGUAUGCUAUAUCGAUUAUAGAUUAAAAUUACUUAAAUAAUGAAGAUUCUUGGGUUAAAUCAAGUAUUAGUACAAAUGGAGUGUGGUGGGAAUAUUAUUUAAACGCAUUCUAUUGGUCUUUUACAUUAAUGGCAACAGGUUCAAAUAUUGCAAGUACAAUUUUGGAAAUGUUUUUCACUUCUAUAGCAAUGAUAUUUAUAAUAACUAUUUUUGGCUAUAUGGUCAGUAUGAUUGGCAUAAUUCUUGAAGAGAUGAACAAGAUGAAUGAAAAUAAAUUAAGAGAUAUUAAUAUUAUUAACAAGUAUAUGAAAAGAAAGCAUAUAACAAAAGAUUUGAAAGCAAGAGUAAACUUAGACUUAGAAUAUCUUUAUUUAAGAAGUAUGAAAUAAAAAUCAGAUGAUGAAUAUAAUGUUUUAUCAAAAAUAUCUCCAGAUUUACAAAAUGAAAUUAAAAUUGAAUAUACCAGAAAUAUAAUUUCUAAAAUUAAAUGUUUGAUGAACAAUUUUAGUGAAAGCACUAUAAAUCAAGUUUGCUUAGAACUCUAAGAAGAGUUUUAUUCUCCAAAUUAAAUUUUAUUUAAUCAAGAAGAGAUAGGCGAUUCUUCUCUCAUUUUCUUGGUAUCUGGUUAAAUUGAGCUAUUCUAGAACAUAAAAUUCUUAAAAUAAAAUGAAGAUUCAAAUUCUUCUGAAACAAUGAAACAAAUAGACAACAAAAUAGAAAAACAAUCUAAACUUAUCUACUCUCAUAAGAAAGGUUCUGUAUUUGGAGAAUUAAAUUUUUUUACUGGAAUGGGAAGAACUCUAACUGCUAAAUCGAAACAGUUCUCAACGGUACUUAAGUUAAGAAGAGACAGCUUUUUGAAUAUUAUCAAAAAUAACCAGUAGGAUUUUGAAAAAUUUUGUGAAAUUAGAGACAAGAUUUUAAUGUAUUCAGAUAUUAGUCCUUUAGAAUAAAAUUGCUAAAUUUGUUUAAGUCCUAAUCAUUUUGAAAGUUAGUGCAUACAAGCACAUAUAAACAAAAAAAAUCCUUUUUUGUUUGCUAAAUUUAACUAUUCAGUUACUUAAGACAGAGAAUAUUAAUUUAAGAGGAAUAGGACUUAAAAAGUUAAUGUAAUUUCAGCUCUACAAAAAGUGCAAGAGAAAGCAGAAUAGAUUUAGUAAAAUUAUGAACUCUCCAGUUUUAAAAAUCCAGAAGAUAAUACAGAAUAGCCUUCUUUAUAAGAUUAAGAUGAUGAUGAAGACGAUGAAGAUGAAUAUACUUAUGAUAAAUCAAGUCCCUAAAAUGAAGAAGCUUAGAAUUCUAAAUUGUCUAAUUUAAUUAAUUAUGAAAAAGAUCUAGAAUACUCUAUUACUCAAGAACAAUAAAUUACCUAUCCUGUAUCAAGAUUUUCUUUAUAAAAUGGAUUUACUAUAGAAGAUAAAACUAGAAAAACAAGCUAAUCAAUUUAUAGAAAUGAAAUUUAGCCCUAAUCACCAAAAGAAGCAAGAGAUUCCCUAUUAAAAAAUAAUUUGUAUGAUGAAAGUUUAAGCAUUAACAUACAAACUUAAUAUAAUAAUUUAACUAACACACCAAAAGCUUAAUCUAGAGGAGUAACUUAGUACUAAAGUUCAGCAGAAAGAACAGAAUUCACUGCAUUUAUGAAAGAAAUGAAUCAGUAAGACUCUAUUAGAGAACAAGAUCUUAUUUAAAAGGAAUUAUUGAAAAAAAAUAGAAAUCAAAAAGUUUUCUAAGAAAAUAUGAGAAGAUAUAGUUUAAAAACAGAUAAUACUAAAAAAAAAAGUAAAUAUAAUAAUCGAAGAUCAACUUAUCUUGAAAUCGAUUUGUUUAAAGCUAAUGACAUUCAUCAGAAGUAAUUGCUACACAACCACGAAAUUACUUUCUAUGAAAGACAAGUUACCCAUAGCCUAUGGAAUUUAGAUGGAAUUAAAGUCUAUUCUAAUUAUUUCCCAAGUGGAAACUAUGUUUCUGCUAUAACUAAAUUUAAUUAACUACGAAAGAAGUGUCUUAAAUUAAGAUAAUUAUCCUUAUAAGAUAAAUAAAAAAGUUCUGGUAAAAAAAAGACAAAUCAAUGA